AUGGACAACCUCCAAAGACGUUUGUACGAUAAAAAAAGCUUCUACAAUUACGUGAAAACGUGUUUCCCCAAAGAAAAGGACUUGAUCGAAGAAUAUGUGGAGUACCUUGGAGAAGAAGCUGAACUUGAUCCAGACGAGUGCAACCGAAUGGAGGCGUUCAUGAAGGCUGUUUUCGAUAGGAAAGUGGCUCUUGUUUCUGUGGACCUUGAGUUUUCAAUGAAAAAGCUGACCAGGGUCACAGAGGUGGGCGUUUCCGUCUACGAUCCAUGGUCUCAGAAAGGCAGUUUGCUUCCGUUCGUUCAGCUGUCUCACAUUAUUGUCAGAGAGAACCAGCCUUUCAAGGAUAAUACAUACGUUCCUGACCAUACAGACUUCUUCAAUGGCGGUAAGAGUGUGGUGAUGAGCUUGCACCAUGCUGCUCAUGCGCUUAACCUUAUCAUUGAGCAGAACACCAUGGAUGGCAAUCCUAGAGGGUCAGGAGUGGCUCUUGUGGGCCACGGCAUGGACCAUGACUUGUUGCUUCUUCGUGAUAUGGGCGUGGACUUUGGUGUGGCCAGUAUCAUGGACACUCAGGAUGUGCUUGCUUAUACGCAUGGAGCUAGGAACGCUAGUUUGAAGAAUGCUUUACGACUUGCUCGUAUUCCGUUUGCUUUCUUGCAUAACGCUGGAAACGAUGCCUACUAUACGUUGUUGCUUAGUCUUGCGUUGGCAGACCCUGUUUACCGUCUUCUGUCGGGGCUUGACAGCGAGGACAGCAAGGACAGGUUUGCCAGCCAGAAAUCUACCAGGAACGAGCCUCCAAAUACCAGUUCUAAGGUGCAUUUGAAGAAUGCCACGAAGUUUUUGGGACCUUCCUUCAACCAAUUGCUCUACCAGGAUAAGUACAAAGACUUACACUAUGUCAAUAGCAUAUGGGAAGGGGAGCUUCGUGAUGCCUACUCGAGAAAGAUAAGGGCUCCACAUAUUCUCCAGGAGAUUAACAAGGUUUAUGAUGAGCAGAUGGUGCUUAUUUCUAUUGAUGUCGAGGCGUUUGAACGGGACCACUCGGUGGUGACUGAGGUUGGAAUCGCUGUGUAUGAGCCCAAGAGCCUGAGAGGAAUGGUAAUGCCGUUUAUCCAGCUGGGGCAUAUUGUCAUUGCAGGGACAGAGGACGUUAGAAAUGGAACGUUUGUUGCUGACCAUAAGGAUUUUUUUAAUGGCGGGAAGACGCUUACUAUGGAUCUUCAUAGUGCAGCACAGGCCAUCAAGGAUUUGAUUCUGAAGCAUACACGGAAAGGCACGAGGUACGGAACCGGCGUUUGCCUUGUGGGCCAUGGAAUUGGACAGGACGUGAAAUGGUUGAAGCACAUUGGCGUUUCCAUUGGCAGUGCUCGUAUUCUUGAUACCCAGAAGUUGCUCUGUAUGACUCACGGCAAGAAGGGCUCGAGCUUGAAGAACGGUUUGAAACUUGUUCGCCAGCCGUGUGCGUUCUUACACAAUGCUGGUAACGACGCUUACUACACGAUGGUGCUCUGCCUCUGUUUGGCAGACCCACUUUACCGUGUGGCAGCAGCAGUGGAUGGAAAGCAGACCAUUGAAACAUACAAGCAGCAGCCGCUGACGAAGCACGAUCCACCUAACGAGGCAACAAGGGUAGAUGCGCUGACUAGCGCUGAGUUUUUCAAGUACCUUGAACAGUCAUUUUAG